AUGAUCUAUGAAGUGGACGCUGCGGUACAGCACAUUGUCUCUCUUAUUCUCAAAGUCGACCGCGAUCAUCCUCUCGCCUCGGAAGCACUCGCCGCUUUCGCUUCUACCCUCAAGGAUGCCCUCGAAACUCGUUGCCGAAAGCACUGGAAUCCAGAUCAGCCCGAUGUCGGCUCAGCUCUCCGUUCCGUAGCAUGGCAGCUCCACCCUGCAGGCGAAGGCGCUGACCUCGACUUGCUCCGCGCCUUUGCGGCUGUCGUCCACGCAAACGCCCAGGACGCACAGCUUCUUGCCCCGCACCAUUCCACCGUUGUCGCUCUCGCCUUGCAAUGGCUUCCCAUCUCUUUCACUCUCUGGAUCGACCCCGGUUGCGUCGCUAUUCGCCCUGGCUCCGGUCCCGGUGCCAACCGUUGCUCAUACGACUUGGACCUUCUCAAGUCCGCCCAUGUCUCCUCUUCCCUUUACCUCGUCUGGGCCAACAUGUCCGCUCAGCCCGCUCAGCCCGCUCAGCCCGCUCAGCCCGCUCAGCCCGCCCUGCCUCAGCUCACCAUUAGCACCGUCGCUCCUGCUCGUCCCAUUCCCAUCCUCAAGCCUGCGCCCCUCUCGGCCCAUACGCGCUACCCCGCCAACCUCUUUACCCAUGCUCGCACCGCCCUUGCUCCUCUCGCUGCCCCCACUGCUCCCACUGCUCCCCGCCACUCUCGCGCCAGCUCCACUGCCUCUUCCACCUCCAGCUCUUCCACCGGCCUCGUUCGAAGCGUCAGCCUUUCCAGCACCCACACCGCCUCCACCGACGCCACCAGCCUCUCUGAUCUCCACGCCCUAUCUGAUGCUGACGCCGACGCUGACGCCGAAACCGAAGCUUGCCCAAGCCUCUGCUCUCCCUCCUCGUCCCUCGCUUCAACCCAGUGCACGCCCAAUUCGCAGCCACAGUGCGAAUCCGAACUCGACACCACCCUCCGCGCUGACACCACUCAACGCUUCGCCGGCGUCCGUCUCUUUGAUGACGACCAAGACCAAGAGGCAGGCGACCUCACCAUCGACGCCAGCCCCAUGCUCGGUCUCAACGUUUCCAAGCACGCUCCGUCUCGCUCGCUCGGCUCAAGCUUCACAACCGCCACUCACUUACCUUGCUCCACCCCGAUCAAGGCCAACUACACCACCCACGACAAUGGCAACGUCGGCGUGCUCGGCGGCGGCGUUCGUCUCGGUGGCAACGCCUCGGCCAAGAACAACACGUCAUCCUCUCAACCACCACGACACCGUCAGCACUCCAACUCAAAGAGCGUCAGCCACCUUCAGGGUGGACUUCACCACCAGCUCAUGCCCGCCUGCAUGCCUCGCAGGCUCGAGCAGCGCAUGGCGCACCGCAUGCCGCAGCCACUUCCCCCCACCCACGCUGCCAACUACAGCGCCCCCAUGCCUACCGUUGCGCUUCCGCACGUGUCUCAGCAGCAGCACUACCCACCGCGCUACGCUGUACAGCAGCAUCAACCGUACGUGCAACACGAUCCUGCGCCUCAAGCUCGCCGUCCCGUUGCUGGCAUGAUGCCCUUGGGGGCACCUUGGCAACUGCCGAUUCCGUACGGCUUUGGUGCUCCUGCUCAGCAGCAACCAUACAUGCACUACGCUGGACAGCAACUGCAGCUGCAGCAGCAGCAAGCUAUGCCGAUGGUGCUCGAUGCCGAUGACGCUUUCACCGCAGGUCGACGUCGUCUGCGCUCUCGUGGGCGUCGAUCGCGCGGUCGAGGAGCUGGGCGAGCCGCACGUCGUCAUGCGGCUGCACUUCGAGCGUUGGAACUCGGCAGCACCGACGAGCUGCCCGAAUUCAACAUUGACGAUGGCGACGACGACGACGACGAAGAUGCCGAUCUGCUCUCUCGCUGCUCGACGCCUGCGACGUGCUCCGACUACACCUCGUCCUCGCUCUCGUCGUCGGUGUAUUCCAGCACCGCGUGCUCACCCGCUAAACUUGGGGCUGCCGCCGUCUCACAUCGUGCUUCGAAACGCAAGCUCGGUGCUGCACCCAACCACGGCGCCAACGCCGAGGUUGAGUUCGGCCACGAGCUCCACUCGAACCUCGCGCGUCUGCACGGAAUCGAUUGCGUGGCUCCGCUCAGCGCGUGCUAG